AAAGUACCGUUCUCAGGAAGUAUAUAAUCGAAUGAACAAAUCACAACAAGGAAUUCCUGAACAACCUAAAGCUCAUAAAAUCAAAAUGGCAAAGAUCCAGUUGAAAAAGUUUCAAAUAAAAGAUCAGAAGAAAGAUGAAAUAGAGCAAGAAAAUAGGAUUCUGUUUGAGAAAAUCAGGAAUAUAGUCAUCGGUAAAAACAGGAAAAUGGCCAAGAAUAGCCAAUAUAGAUCUCGGAAGCUAGCCCAUUCCUUUAUGAAUCCUCAGAGAAGAGCAGAAAAAGAGAGGAUCAAAUAAACAGAAUAUUAUUAUGUUGAAGAGAUUGCAAGAUACAAAGUCUAACUAUGAAUCCCUCCAUACAGACCAAAGACAUAUGAAAUACCUCUCAGGACUGGGAAAGAAGCAAAGGAGCAGAGCUAGGAAUGAUAAAGUUGAUGAACUCGCCAACCUCAGGACGGAAGUUAACCAUACAAUGAUUCAAAAUUUCCCAGAGAAGGAAAAACUUGAAGAAGCCUUUAAUUCAGAUCCUUUUGAAAACUCUGUUUAUACGAGAUCCAAUAAUCAUUCGAGCCAUGAGAAGUUACCCAAAAUUUCUUCAUAUGCCAAUAGUAGAGCUGAAUCUGCUAUUUCUACUUAUUUGGAGAAGAAAGCUAUAAAACGGAGGAAGAAGAGUCAUGUACAGCAUACUGUUAAAGGAAGAGAAAAUAACAUUCUGGAUCCUUCAAGAACAAUUGUUUUCAAAUAAAGGAGUUGCUUUAGCUUCUGGUUUCUACAUUGUAGAGUUCUCCUACACUAGUUCAUAUUUCUGAAUCUCUGUUUUUGAGAUGAAUACGGAUAAAUAUUACAUAAAAUAAGACAGAUUUAAAAGAGACUCAGUUGCUUUUCUCAAUGUUUAACAAUGACUACCAAUCCAUCGCAAAUGCUAUUCAGAUAAAGGGAGAUCAGAUCUUUGUAAACAAGUCCAAACCAAGUCCUAAGAAGGACUCACAGGUUCUCGAGCCCAGUGAGUCAUUAAGCGUCAUCUUGGAGUCUUCAGGUUCAAGGAAGAAGAAGUCCAUUUCAAGAAAUGCCAAAUUAAAUCCCUACCAUUCUUGUGGAUGGGAAUAAGCCUGACUAGGAAUUUAUUCAACCAAUAAGCGAGGAACUCAAUUAAAAGCAAAGAAUUUAAAUAAAGGUAAAGGACUAAGAACUUUGAAGACUGAUAUGCCAGAGCUUGGGUAUUAAGAAUUAGAUCUUUACAUAAAAAUUAAAUUUAAGUGGAACAUUUUGUACUACAAGCAUUAGCAUUCUCAAAUUGAAUCAAGAUUUACAAAAAUUUCAUUAUACUACAGUACCAUCUUGAAUGCCCAGCUCCGCUUCUCAGAAUACAAGACCUCUAAUGCCUAUGAAAUAGGGUGGAACUAAUAAAAAUCUUUGCUUUUGUUGAUAAUUCCUCAUUAAUUAUUCAAUUUGUUCA